CCCGCGGCUCCGCCCUCUCCGCGCCCGCCAUUCCGCCUGGCUCCGCCCGGAGGGGCGGUCGCGGCCUGGUUCCGGCCGUCACCGCGGAUUUUUUCGGCCCGGGGCGCGACGGGAGGAGUGAUGGAGGACGCUGAUUAUUUCGAAGGCAGCGCGGCGGAGUGGGGGAACGAAGCGGACGGAGGGACGCAAGACGAUGAGGAUGGGGAGGGAGAAGAUGAUGCUGAAGUCCAGCAAGAGUGCCUGAAGAAAUUUUCAACCCCAGACUAUAUAAUGGAGCCGUCUAUAUUUAACACAUUAAAGAGGUAUUUCCAAGCAGGAGGAAGUCCAGAGAAUGUUAUCCAGCUCCUCUCUGAAAACUACACUGCAGUGGCACAGACUGUGAAUUUGCUGGCAGAAUGGCUCAUUCAAACAGGUGUUGAGCCAGUGCAAGUUCAGGAAACUGUAGAAAACCAUUUGAAGAGUUUGCUUAUCAAGCAUUUUGACCCUCGGAAAGCGGAUUCCAUCUUCACAGAGGAAGGAGAGACUCCAGCCUGGCUCGAGCAAAUGAUAGCACAUACUACGUGGCGAGAUCUCUUUUACAAAUUGGCAGAAGCUCAUCCUGACUGUUUAAUGCUUAAUUUUACUGUGAAGCUUAUCUCUGAUGCUGGGUAUCAAGGAGAAAUAACCAGUGUUUCAACAGCGUGUCAGCAACUAGAAGUAUUUUCCAGAGUCCUGCGUACAUCUCUGGCAACAAUUUUAGAUGGAGGAGAAGAAAACCUUGAAAAAAACCUCCCUGAAUUUGCUAAGAUGGUGUGCCAUGGAGAACACACCUACCUCUUUGCUCAGUCCAUGAUGUCCAUAUUGGCUCAAGAAGAGCAAGGAGGCUCAGCUGUCAGAAGGAUUGCUCAGGAGGUUCAGCGUUAUGCUCAUGAGAAAGGCCAUGAUGCCAGUCAGAUCACUUUAGCACUGGGCACUGCAGCCUCCUAUCCUCGAGCAUGUCAAGCUCUUGGUGCAAUGUUGUCCAAAGGAGCUCUGAAUCCAGCAGAUAUCACUGUCCUGUUCAAAAUGUUUACAAGCAUGGACCCACCUCCAGUAGAACUGAUUCGAGUACCUGCCUUUCUGGACCUCUUCAUGCAGUCAUUGUUUAAGCCAGGUGCUAAGAUCAACCAGGAUCAUAAACACAAAUAUAUUCACAUACUGGCAUAUGCUGCUAGUGUAGUAGAGAUGUGGAAAAAGAACAAGAGAGUCAGCAUAAACAAAGAUGAACUCAAGUCAACUUCAAAAGCCAUUGAAACUGUCCACAACCUGUGCUGCAAUGAGAACAAAGGAGCAUCAGAGUUGGUUGCAGAACUGAGCACUCUUUAUCAGUGCAUCAGGUUCCCAGUGGUGGCAAUGGGUGUAUUAAAGUGGGUGGACUGGACAGUGUCAGAACCACGAUACUUCCAGCUGCAGACUGAUCACACUCCAGUUCAUCUGGCAUUACUGGAUGAGAUUAGUACAUGCCAUCAGCUUCUUCAUCCCCAAGUUCUGCAACUUCUUGUCAAGCUUUUUGAAACAGAACAUUCACAGCUUGAUGUAAUGGAACAGCUGGAACUGAAGAAGACUCUCUUGGAUAGGAUGGUUCACUUACUCAGUCGAGGAUACGUCCUGCCUGUUGUCAGCUACAUCCGCAAAUGCCUGGAGAAGUUAGAUACAGAUAUCUCUCUGAUCAGAUACUUUGUUACAGAGGUGCUGGAUGUGAUUGCUCCUCCAUAUACCUCAGACUUUGUACAGCUUUUUCUUCCUAUCUUGGAGAAUGAGAGUAUUGCAGGUACUAUUAAAACAGAAGGUGAACAUGAUCCUGUCACUGAGUUUAUAGCUCACUGCAAAUCUAACUUUAUUGUGAUGAACUAAUUAUUGGAAAAUCUCAAGAAUGCAGAGCACAUGAACACAACUUUCCUAUGCUCUCCACCAAUAAGAUUCUAUAACUGAGCAACACAAGAGCAAAAAAUAAACAAACAAACCCCACAGGAAACAAACCAACAAAUCCAAAACAAGGAUGAAAAAGCUGAAGGGUAUUUGACUGACUUGCAUGGGGACCUUGAGCUUCAUAUCAGAGGACUGUUGAUAUACUUUUUAAAAUGGAAUAAUACUGAAGGGUUUUCUGUUGCUAACAAAUCACUAUAAACCUGAAUAUCCUUAAAGGGACAGCAGCAGAGAAAGAGAUUUAUUUCAAAUAAUGUUAUUUUGGUUACUUGAAGAAUUUAUCACUGAUUCUUUGUGUAAUGACAAAACCUGAAGCAUGAGGAAGGUAAUUCCAACAAAAAACAUUUUAUAGAUAGUUCUCUGAAGACUACAUCUCAAAUGCUUUAGUUUUUGAUGUGAGUUGUAAAAAAGCAAUUUGGGUGUGUAGAUCAUUGCUUCAUAGAAGCCACAAUGCCUCCUUCUAACCUUUGCAUUACUUUAGAAGUCUAAAUAUCCUACAGAUUUGCUAUUAUGAAAAAAACAACAAACAAACAAAAAUGUCUUAUGUAACACAGUAGAGUUUUAACAGUCAAAGUUAUUUUUGUAGUAACAGGAAUCCCACAUGAAUGUGUUACUUAAUUUUUGUUGAACAUAUGCAUCAAGUGUUACUGGUAAGUUUCAUUACCAUGUUGGAAAUCUACUGCUAUCUGAAAACAUGAAUGUGCAGGAAUUUAAUUACUUUUUGUUGUGACUUGGUUUUUAUACGUUUCUCUCUACUCUGGUUGAUGCCAAACAGUGGGGGAUGCACCCAAGGUUUUAAUUUACCUUUAAAUAAAGGGUUUUUUUCUUUUCCAGAUAUUUCUUUCAAAGUUUCAUCAUUUCAUCAAGACCACUGUUUCUUUCUGUUCAUCAGCCUGGAUUUCUUAUACAGGCAGAUACUGUGUGUUUAUAAAUCAGGGGUAUAGACAAGCCCAUUGUGCUGUUCCAAGCACACCUCUUUUCUGAAGACCCUGCCCUCUAAAUGACAGGGACAUUUAAAGCCCAAUUGGAUCUAAAUUUAAAAAGGAAGUCACUUUAUUCUUCUUUGCUAGUGGUUCAUCAGUGGGAACUCUUAACCCACCAUAAUUCUUGAGGCAGCAGUCAGUUGUCUAGGUUCUUAGCUCCUUUCAAAAAGGAGUGCAUAUUCCCUUUCCCCAGCUGGUCCUUUACAUCCCUGCUCCACAGUGACUGAGCUUACCAUACCACUUACAGUGCUCUAAUCAACUUCAAGCAUAGCCUGAAAAAGGCAAAACUUCUGCAGCAGCUGUUCAGAACUUCUUUGCAUAUCUUUGAAUAGAAGACAAUAGAAGAUAGUAUAGAAGAUAGACAUAUAUAAGACAAUAGAAGACAUCCCAGUUAACUCUCAACACUUAAACACCUAAUGAUUAGUGCCUGAUUCUUGUAUGCAGGAAGCCAGAAAUUGGGUCCACAAUAACCCGAAAAGUCAGUCUUUGAAGUCUCCUAGCCUGAUGGAAUACAGCCUAACCUCAGGUCUGUAAUGUGUUCCUCAUCAUAACACCUACAUGGUCAGAACAGCACAACCACCCCAACUUCAUCCUAGGCACUGUCAGUUUUGGGUUUUUUUAUGGGUCUUUGCUGGUCUGCAGAACUUUUCUGAUUAGGAGCAGAUUUCUUUCUUUCACAGGUAAAACCAAGGUAAGUUGCAGAAAAUACCAUCUGUGAUGUAGCUGAUAAUAGAGACAGUGACUGAAAACUUUUUUUUUCCCUUCUCUGCACCACUAAAAAGCUUCAACUUACAGGUUUGAGUAAGGCAUACUUCACAGGUUGGUUUGAUUUAUGAUAGGUUUUGGAGACUGACACUUAAAAGUAGUGUUCUGCACCUGGAUGUCUCUACUUUCCCUUGCUUGUUGCAGUCAGAUACUUCCUUGUAGCACGUAUGGUAAUCUGCAGUGUGUGUAGAGGUACUGUAACCUGAGUUGUUCUUUGAAUCAUCAUAGUUGCUGUAUGGACUGUGCUGUCAGCUAACCCUUUCAUACAGAAAAAUGCAGUAAAAGCACUACCAUCCUGGACAAGUUUUGGGUAGCUAGUGUGCUAGUUAGUUGUGGGUAGCGAGUUGUUAGGUACAACAGAAGACAAUCAAAACCAUCUUAUAAUAUGCAUACAGUCAUGUAAGAAAGUCUGUUUAUUAAAUGCAGUUAACAAUACCAGUUAGUAACAUUUGAUAUGGCACCCAUUUACCACUUAAAUGGCUCAGUUUUAAGGAAGGUAAUUUGCUACCUUUGUUCAAAUUAGUGAAGAGUUUGGGGCUGUGGCAAUUUGUACUUUGCCUCUUUAGGA